UUUUAUUUAUAAACAUUUUUAAAUUAUCUUAAACUUGUAUUGUUUUCUUAGUAAUAUUUAUUAAAAUAAAAAAAGAAAAGCUAUAACUUUACCAAAACGAAAAAAAAUUAUUCAUAAUGGAUCAAUUGUAUAUAGAAAUUGAACUAAGUACAGUAAAACAUCAUGAAACGGAAAUAUUUACUUCUGUACCAUCAUUUGUUGCUCUCUACAUGUAUCACUAUUUAGAUAGGCCGGAGAAUAUAAAAUUAAAUUUUGUUUGUUCCACACUAUCCACGGAAAGGGGUAAAUUAAAAUUGCGUUCAGAAUCUUUGAGACGUGAGCUAACAGAGGAUAGAAUUUUAUGCAAAGAUGGCUCUAAAUUGGAGGCUAUAAAAGAUUUACGUUUACCCGUGUAUGCCAAAGAGGGAGAUACAUUCAUAGCGGGUAUGUGUGCUGUCUGUAGGGAAUUAAUAGCACGCCAUCCCACAGCUGCACAUCGUAAACUUUUAGGUUUUAAAGAAAGUUGUUUGCUGGCUCCCUCCGAGGCUUCCAUUUGGACUAGGUUUUGUGAAGUAAAUAUAGUGCAAUCGUUAGCAGAUCUCUUGCAAAGUAUUGAGCGAUCAGAAGCGUUUAGUGAGAUGCCUGUUGAGUGUGCCCGUUUUGAAAGACACAUGAAUGAGCCGGUAAGAAUGCAUAAUAUCUACAAAUUGGCUCGAGAAAAGGCCAACCAGGAAGUGGUGGCUUCAACGGGGAAAGUUGAAAAGAAACGUAGAAAUAAGAUAAAAAUUGAGUGCACUGUGCCUAAAGAAAGUCUGGCAAUUGAUCAUACUUUUGCGGAAGGAGUGGAUUUUACCAUAGCUGAUUUGAUUUUAUAUCCCUGUAUGCGUGUUAUUUAUCAUUGUUUCCCACAAAUGUUGCAGCAAUUUCCCUUAACGAAUACCUGGUUGAAUGAGAUAGAUAACUUGGAUCAACGCUGCCUGCAAGUUUUAAAUGAUCUUUGCCAUUUCCCUUGUGUAGAUAACUUAGUAAAUGGUUUAGCAUUUAAAAUACCUGACUGUGAAGCCAGCAGUCUUUAUAAAAGUGACCCCAAAAGGUAUAAGCCACGUAAUCGUAUUUUUACCGAACAGACAGAGGUGGAAAACACUCUCAGUAAGCUGGAAACGUUAAAGAUUAAUUUUAACAGUGACUGUGCCAUUACCUACGGACAGUGUCUUAUUGAUUGGCAAGCAAUAGAGCCAGCACAUGCGGAAAGUUCAGCAUUGCCGCAGGAAAGAUUAUUAAGGAAACGUCAGCAGUUGGAAAACUUGGCAAAUGCUGUCGCCUCUCUGGCCCAGCCAGGGCAACGAAUAAUCGACUUUUGUAGCGGUACUGGACAUUUGGGAAUUUUAUUAGCUUUAAAAUUACCUCAAUGUGAGAUUAUUUUAAUGGAAAAUAAAGCCAUAUCACUGCAGCGUGCUAAGCAAAGAGCCCUAGAUUUAAAAUUAGCAAAUUUAAGAUUUUACCAGUGUAACAUUGAUUAUUUUGAGGGAGACUUUAAUGUGGGCACCUCCUUACAUGCCUGUGGUACAGCUACUGAUAUUGUGCUACAACAGUGUCGAAGGUCUAAAGCAGAUUUUGUUUGCUGCCCCUGUUGCUAUGGUUCUUUGCAACCUAUGCCACACAUUAAAUAUCCUUUGAGUCAGAAAUUUCGGCAGGUGCUUAGCGAAAAGGACUUUAUGUAUAUAGCUCACACGGCAGAUCAGGCGCAUGCAAUGGGAACUUUGAACUGUAGACCAGAAACAACAUUACAAGGACAAUUGUGUAUGGAUAUUGUAGAUACGGAUCGUAAACUACAAGCAGAGGAGGCGGGUUAUGAGGUGUUAUUAACACGUCUAAAACCAGAAGAUUGUACACCAAAAAAUCGCCUUUUAGUGGGACGUUUAAGGCAGGAAUGUAAUAAUGACGACAUUAGAAUUAACACCUUGUAGCAACGGUCAGUUUAAUUGAGUUAAGUAAUUUCUUCUUUUAAAAAUAAGUUGUCUCAGGCUAUUGUUAAUAAAAUAUUUAAAAUGUUUUAAUUAUUUUUUUAAUAAAUAUUUUUUUACAAA